AUGGCAGUCUCCAUCGACGUUCCAAUAAUCAGCAAAAUCCAAUCUUCCUUAACCUCUAUUCUUUCGAAUUUUCAUGCAGGAUACUUCAGAAUCAGCCUGUCUCUCUCAAGCCAAGCCUUGUUAUGGAAAAUCCUGAAAGAACAAAUCCAAGACGCUCAUACUCUCAGACAUAUAUUCUCAGUAAUGCCCUCCACGGCCUUCAUUCUCCUUUGGUCCCUCUCACUACUCACACUCACGGCCCUCUCUCUUCUCUACCUUCUCAGGUGCUUCUUUCACUUCGACAUGGUGAGGGACGAAUUCCUGAACAGCGUCGGAGUAAACUACCUUUUUGUCCCUUGGAUUUGCUGCCUAAUGUUGCUUGAAUCAUCGCCGUUUCUUCCCCGAACCGCAAUUUGUCAUCAAGUACUAUGGAGUGUGCUGGUGAUGCCGGUGUUGGCGCUGGAUUUGAAGAUAUACGGCCAGUAUUUGACCAAGGGGAAGAGGCAUCUAGCGAUUGUGGGGAAUCCGACGAGCCAGUUGACGGUGAUAGGGAACAUGGUGGGGGCGCAGGCGGCGGCCCGUGUGGGCUGGAGGGAGAGCGCGAUGGGGAUGUUUGGGGUUGGGAUGGCACAUUACGUGGUACUGUUCGUGACGUUGUAUCAGAGGUUGCCUGGAGAACACAAUGGAGGUGUUCCGGCGACGCUGAGGCCGGUGCUGUUCUUGUUCUUUGCGGCUCCGAGUGUGGCUAGCUUGGCUUGGGGCUCCAUUAUCGGCCACUUCGAUUCUGCCUCCAAGAUGCUAUUUUUCCUCUCCCUCUUCCUCUUCAUGUCGCUGAUAACGAGGCCGGUGAUAUUCAGGAAGGCGAUGAGGAAGUUCGACGUGGCAUGGUGGGCUUAUUCGUUUCCUCUGACGGCUCUGGCAUUGGCUUCGGCUCAGUACGCCGAGGAGGUUAAAGGAGCCAUGCCGCAUGCGCUCAUGUUGCUUCUGUCUUCCAUCUCCGUCGUGGUGUCUCUGUUCUUAAUGGUCGUCACUGUUCUUCAUACCAACUUACGCUUCUCGUAGCACUGUGCAACAGCAU